UUGGAUGUCAUAAUAAAAUAGUUUGUAUUCGUUUUAGGGUUGAGCAACUUCCAACUUUUUAGUUGGCGCUGGCAUGCUCUAGCGCUCACGCAAUUUCGGGAUAACGAAACAUGAUCUGUUCAAAUUGACAAGUUUUACUGUAGCUACUUCAGAGAUUUUUUUAUUUUAUGGUUACAAUCAAAACUGUAGCAUAAAAACGUUUAAACCUCACGCAUGUCACCCGGUUAGACUAAAACCACACGAUGUAACUAAAUUGGUAUCUAUCACUUUGCUCGAGACAGGUUGCUCCACUCUCGUGCCAUGUUGGUGCCAAAUACGCGGUAAUGUGAGUAAAUAUGGUUAAUCUCGCGCCAUUCCAUUACUUAUUUUGGACUGAAACGUGUGAGUAUCAAAUUAUUCAAUUUUAUUUGGAAAAGGGUGGUAAAAUGAUUUAGACAUUUUACAUUUUCUCCAUCUAGUUAGUAUUAGGGACACAUGUAAACGAAGGUAGCUAGCCAGGUUAGAGGUUAGCUCCAGUUUGUUGUCAACGGCGCGUUCGAUAAAUGGUUUUCAUACCAUGAGCUACAGGAACGUUAGCUAGCUAAUGCUUGUUAAACAAAUAUUUUGCAAGUGAAUUGUGCCGUAAGCCAUAUAAAAUGAACCACAUGUAUUGUAUUAUCAAAUCAAACCCGCAGCAAUAUCAACAGUGAGGACCAGAUAGACCACCAAGGCUUUGACCAUGAUGUUCUACACUCAGCUCCUCACUUCCAAGCGCGGGCCUCUGGCCAAAAUCUGGCUAGCAGCGCAUUGGGAGCGCAAAAUCACCAAAACUCAUGUGUUUGAAUGCAAUUUGGAGAGCACCAUCAAACACAUAAUCUCCCCGCAGACAAAGAUCGGCUUGCGGACUUUUGGCCACCUACUCCUGGGAGUAGUGAGGAUAUACUUCAGAAAAGCCAAAUAUCUACUUGCUGACUGCAAUGAUGCUGUUGUCAAAAUUAAAGUAGCCUUCAGACCAGGACAGACUGACAUGCCUGUUGAAGGACUGGAGGCCACACUUAAAGCCAUCACGUUGAUGGAGGAUUUCACUGACUUCGAUUCCCAGCUACCAGACACAAAUGCCAUAGAUGUUGUGGACCAUUUUUUACUGAAUCAGUGCCGAACAGAGGACAUCACCCUCAAAGAGGAUUUUGGAAAUAGCUUUCUCACAUUUGAUGACUUUGGUGAUGAGACCCAGUCUCACCAAGGGGGCAUGUUAGAUGUGAGUUUCCUGAUCCUGGCCCAGCACGGAGAUGCUUUUGUCGAUGAGGACAAAGGCAUUGACAUCUUGGACUUCAUGGCCAGUUCCAGUGAGAAUGCUUUUUUGAUGGACCUUUUCCCAGCCGAACCACAAAAUGUGAUGCCAGAGAUUGCCCCCAUGAACAUUAACCAAGAAGGUCGUCCAGACUCUCCUACAUCUGUACCCAUGGAGGAGGAUCGCCCUGUCCUGAAUGAGACAACACCUGUCCUGAAUGAGACAACUCUGUUGGUCAAUGAGGAGGAGGGCUUUGCUCUGGAGCCUGUCGCUGUGACCCAGAGGAAGAAGGGGAAGAGGAGAAGGAGACUGGUGGUGGACCAGGCCAAGGAGCUGUCCAACCAGGCCAUCAGGGAGCAGCUCACUGACUAUUCAGAUCUCACUGCCCCACUGGACAUAGCCCCACCCACCCACCAACUCAUGCAAUGGAAAGAGAGUGGAGGGGUGGACAUUCUCUUCAGUCACCUCUGUGCCCAUGUCAUUCAUCCACACCUUCAACAGCUCUAUUCCAGUGAUGUGUUUCGGGGGAAAACAGAUCGAAUGGGCAAUGAAGAUGACCGUGAAGAGAUGAGACAGGAGAGACAUGAGGUGGAAAGCGACGUGAGCGACCUGCCCAGUGAGUUCAGUGUCCUACAUGAGAGAAUGGGACACAAUGUGGAGCUCACUCCUCUGCACCACAAUGGGACUGACAACCCACCUGAGGACGUCUGGGACACAGUACAUGUAAAGAGUUCAACAUGAACACUAGAAAAAUAUAUAUAAAGUGUUUAUAUAUAUAUUCAACCAGGUUUUCCCAUUGUCUAUAACUUUUUCUGACAACAUUCCUUGUCCCAUCACGCUCUAGCGACUCCUCCUUUUGGUGGGCCCGGGCGCCUACAAGCUGAUUUCGGUCGCCAGCUGGACAGUGUUUCCUCUGACACAUUGGUGUGGCUGUCCUCCGGGUUAAGCAAACAGUGUGUCAAGAAGCAGUGCGGCUUGGCAGGGUUGUGUUC